GCACUGGUGACAGACAAUGCUGUGAACAUUAAGGCUGCUCGCUCACAUCACACCCAUUUGCUGUGCUGCUCAUGCAUUGAAUUUGCUUCUCAAGGACAUCACGGAACUGAAAACAAUGGAUACACUCUACAAGAGAGCCAAGGAAAUGGUUAGGUAUGUGAAGGGUCAUCAAGUUAUAGCAGCAAUCUACCGCACCAAGCAAAGUGAAAAGAAUAAGAGCACCACAUUGAAGCUGCCCAGCAACACCCGUUGGGGUGGUGUUGUCAUGUUUGACAGUCUCCUGGAGGGGAAGGAGUCUCUAAAAGAAAUGACCAUAUCACAGACUGCCGAUAUGGACAGCCCCAUCAAGAGGAUCCUCCUGGAUGAUGUAUUUUGGGAGAGUGGUAAGCAGCCUGAAACUCCUGAAACCUAUAGCAGUAGCUAGCCAUUGUACAGAUUGAGGGAGACAAUGCCAUCCUGUCUGAUGUUCAGACUUUGCUUGCAGUUGUAAGAUAAGAAAUCCUUACUGCCCUGCCAACUUCACUGUUGCUCCAAGCAGAGGAAACUGCAGUUCUGAAAUGCAUCAAAAAGCGUGAAGACUUCUGUCUGAAGCCCAUGUUAGACCCCAAAUAUGCUGGCAAGAGCAUCCUGUCUGGUGCAGAGAUCAACAAGGCCUAUGGUGUCAUCACUACCGUGUCUCGCCACCUUGGCCUGGAUGCUAAGCUUCUUAGCAGUCUGGCGAUGUACACUUCCAAGCAAGGGCUGUGGGAUAGAGAUGCAAUAUGGCAGUUAUGCCAACAUAUCUCAUCAGCCAUCUGGUGGAAUGGACUUUGUGGAUCUGAGGCUCUUUCCCCUGUUGCCUCCAUCAUCCUCCAAAUCCCACCAACAUCAGCCACCUCAGAGCGCAACUGGUCCUUGUCUGGGAAGCCGCACACCAAAGCACGCAACAGGCUGACCAAUACAAGAGUUUAAAAAUUGGUGGCCAUCCUGGCAAAUUUGAGACUUUCUGAGCCUGACAAUGAGCCAUCCUCAACAAGGUUGAGCUGUGCAUCACCCAAUGAAGCGCAGCUCACUCACUGGCGAUGGCCCUUGUGUCAAAAGCCUUUCUCUCUUGUUUUAGUUUGUAAAGCAAUGCUGUUUGCUCAGUAGGCCUAUUUGGAAGUUAAUAACAUACUGUAUUUGGUAGCCUAUAGGCAGAUUAGUCUUCUCUUUUCAGCAGGAGCCAUUUGCUUUCCUGUCUGUGGUUUCCCGCGAUUGUAUUUUAAAUAUUGCGGCAGGUCUGUUUUGGCUGCAUGCUGUUUGUUCACUGACAGAUUUGCUGAGUGUUCCAAACUAUAGGCUAUGCCUUGUGAUUGGGCUACACACAAUCCACAGUUAGCAAUUUGUUUUAUAAGCUAUUGAUCAAAUCAAAUGUAUUUAUGUAGCUCUUCGUACAUCAGCUUAUAUCUCAAAAGUGCUGUACAGAAACCCAGCCUAAAACCCCAAACAGCAAGCAAUGCAGGUGUUGAAGCACGUUGGCUAGGAAAAAGUCCCUAGAAAGGCGUCCGGUGAUCCUCUGUGGCUAAAUUAUAGGCCUACACCUGGUGUAGUCUUCUGAAUGAUUUCAUUUCUUUCUGAACAGACAGCAGUCUCAUUCUAUAUCUUUGGCAAAUGUAUGUCAAUUUAUCAGGGGUGCUGCGGCUCCUCCAUCACCCUUCACGUGGACAGGAAGAUCUGCGCCAUACCCCAGGUUAUUAUGCUGGGGCCGCGAGAGCAGUGGUUUUACCACAUUGCGGCCUGCCUGGCUGAGUUCCUGGAGCUGAAGGAUCAGACGCUACCUCUGGGCUGUACCUUCUCCUUCGAGCAGAAAGACAUCGACAAGAGUAUCCUGAUCCGUUGGACCAAAGGCUUUCUUUAACUGUUCAGGAGUGGACGUGGUCAGGCUACUGAGAGAAGCCAUCCACAGCAGAGAGCAUCAGUAAGCAGCUCCAGGAGACCGUAAGAAUCCUGAUCCCUAAGUGUGACAUCACUUUCCUCGUCUCGGAGGAUGGCAGUGGAAAAGGGCACUGCCAUGGUAAUGGCGGUGGCACAGAAGCUGGCCAUAUCGCCCCGACUGUUAGAGGACAGCAGAGGAGGAUGAGGAAGAUGGAAAUGAAUAUGUUAGGUCAGAGGAGGCAUACUGGAAAGACUACUUGAAAUGCAGCACCAUAAAAAUGUCCCCCUCAAAUGCUUUUGUUGUACGGUACAUGCUAAACAGCUCACUCACUUUCUCCUACUGUAUGGAAAUUAAAGAAUUCAUUGAGGUUAACUUUUUUACAGUAGGCUAUUUUUUGUUGUUGUACAUGGUUAACUUUCAGUGAGGAAAUUCCCUUUUUUCUUAAACUUCUGUGUGAAAUAUGUAUUAUGUAUAACAAAUGUUACAUUAUUUUAUACUAGAAUGAAAACUUGUAAUGGGCAAACUCUCACUGUAUUGCUAGUAUAUUUAGAGACCAGAUAUUUGAUACUUGGACAUCACUGCAGCUAUAUUUGAAUGGCAGCUUGGUAAUACAAUUAGUCUUGAAGUAAAAAUCUAUGAAUUUCAUGGUCAAGCCAAGUUCCACAGAAUGGAAAGAGACACAUGCUCACGCCCCCUGUUGGAGAAACUGUACAAAGGAACAUCAGGUCAUUAAAUCAAUGUUUUCCGCAAAGUUAUACAACUUUAGAAUAUUCAGUCACUCUUAGGCAACAGACACCUUUCUGAACACGUGUUAUGUUAAUCAAAACUUACUGCAAAUAAAGAUGGCUAGCAUUUGAUAUUGAUACAAUGUUGCACUGUACAUUUCCCUGCACCCCCAGUAGGCUAGUAGUUCUGUUGCACUUCUUCAGCCAUAACACUUAUCACGUGUUUGUCUUUGCUCACCUUUUCUCCCAGUGUGGUAUAGUGUAAAAUACAAGUCACGAUAACUUAAAAUGAUCACCAGGCGUUUGUCUCCAUGUAGGUACCAUGGUUAUACACGAGGAGCCAGACUGACCAGUUCAAAGAUUGAUAUUAGGCUACACUGUUAGAAAAUUUCAACACCAUCGUGAAAAAUAAAAUAAGGGCUAUUAUAAGCAUGAACAAUGAUUUCAGAAUGGAAAAAUGUCCUCCCAUUAAAAAUAUCCACUUUCAUAUUAACAAUAACUUAGGCUACUCUCGCAAACAGUUUUGGCCACACCUAGAUCCUGUCCUAUUUUCAUAAAAAAGAGGGGCCUUUUCUUGUGCAUUUGUUGUGUGCCGGUGAGUACCCGGCUGUGUAACUUGAUAGGGGGCUUCGAGAGGGAAUAAGGGAAUGUGGGGCUGCAAUGGAGCAGAAUGCAAUACAGUGGUUAGGUGCUCCCUCCUGCCUGCGUGGAUCCUUUGCCUUCUAUAAGUCAGUGAGCUGUGAGGCCUUGGCCGGGUCCCCUGCACUGGUCUGGAAACUGGGGGAGUUCUACUAUGUCCGCUGUGGCCCCCAAGAACCUGUGUGCAUUGCUGAGGUGACUUUACUGUGGGAGGACCUGGUCCAACGCCAUCUACUGGCCAGCUCCAGACUCUACUUCCUCCCUGAGGAUACUCCCAAGGGCAGGACCAGAGAGCAUGGAGAGGAUGAGGUGUUGGCCGUCUCGAAGAAGAUAGUGGUGCGGGUGGAGGAUCUGGUGAGGUGGACCUGUCCUGAACCUCCAGGAUGGAAAGGAGGAAGCCAGAAGUCCAGCGAGACCAACAGUCAUCACAAACAUACCCCCAUCAUUACCAAUGGACCCCCAACAUCAAUCGAAGAGAAGGGUGAGCGUCUGGGGGUCAAGGUGCUCAGUUACCCCCAGUACUGCCGCUUCCGCUCCCUCCAGAGACGCAUUCAGGACGGGGUGGUGUUGGGGCUGCAGGGUCCCCAUCUGCUGGCCCUGGGGGGGAUCAGGGUGGCCCAACACAACACCCAGGUCCUCUACUGCAGGGACACCUUCAACCACCCCACCCUGGAUAGCAAUACCAGUGUCUGGACACAGCUGGGAUGCACCUCCCUCAGCUUGAAGGGGCGACCCCUCAAGAGAAGAGGAAGGCCAGAAGGCCAGAAAGCUGUGGAGCCACCAGCCCUCAACCAAUCAGAGUCCUGGAUAGAAAGAAUAACGGAGAAUGUGGUGGGCAGUGUGGAGAUGCAAUGUGAAGAGGGCUGUCUCCCCCACCCUGAGGAGCAGAUGUUCCUGGAUCAACUCUACUGCUACAUGGAGCGCUGCGGCUCACCCAUCAGCAAGGUGCCCAACCUCGGCUUCAAGAAGAUUGACUUGUUUGUCAUGUACUCUAUAGUCAAACAGUUGGGGGGCCAUGAGAGGGUGACGUCCCAGCGUCUGUGGAAGAAAGUGUAUAAUGAACUAGGAGGAUGCCCGGGCAGCACCAGUGCUGCCACCUGCACCAGGAGGCACUAUGAGAGGCUGAUUCUUCCUUACGAGGAGCACAGAAAUGUAGGUGGUGCAGAACUAAAACUCCCAGCAUUCUCUGGGCAUACCCGAGUUAGGGCGAUGAGUGGGAGGAGACCGCUGGUGAAGGGGAGAGGAGCAGAGGCCAACCAGGAGAAGACUGUAACCCCUACCCCUCCAACCAUUUCUCCAGACGGUGUGGUGGUAGUGAAGAGAGGCCGUGGUAGACCUCCAGGCAAAAAGAACCAGGUCAAACUCCUAGUCUCCAAGGCCAGUCCAGUGGUCCUGUCUCCCCCAGCUAAACCUAGCCUGGACCUCGGGGCCCAGCCCCCUCUCCAGGCCCCCUCUCUCGAGUCCCUGUCUGUGUUCCAGGGGCUAAACCUGGCCAACCUGCCACUAACCCCAGACCUGUCUCCCAUCUCUGCCCCCUUCCUCCUGCCCAAAACUGAAAAGGAGGUAAAGAUGGAGAACGGGGAUUCUCCAGCACCAUCACCCAUUUUGUCUCCUGCCACUUUCUUGCCUGCUCUCCCCAGGCUCCACACAGGGGGAUCCUUUGAAGGGUUCAGCCCCACUAAAGGCCUCUGUACCCUUGAUCUCUUUAGGAGCCGACUGGGCCUCACUAGCCUGGACACCCCUGGUCUAACCCCCCAGAACCCUGCCUCCCACCAGCCCUCCAGCCUUUACCUCCAGACCAAGACAGGGAACCCAAACACCACCCUUCUCAAUGGGAACCAUCCCCACCCACAGUCUCACCAUCAGUCCCAGCACCAGUGCUGGGGGUGCAGGCUGGAUGAGGAAGCCCAGAGGGGGGGUAGCAGCAGCACCAGGGAGGUCCGUAGCAGCAGGCCUCCCCUGCCCCCUCUCCGGGUCCUCCCCCUGGAUCUGGACUGCAGCCUGCAGGUGCGCCAGCUGAUGCGUACGCGUUUGGGCUCGGCCCAGCUCUACUCUAUCACCAAGCGGCUGUCGGAGGUCUUAGCCCAGGACCUGAGUAGCAAGCCACAUCUGUCUGUCACCCCUCCCCCAGAGCAGGCCCUGCCCCUCAACCUCAGCAAGUGCUCCACCACCAAAAGAUCUGCCUUUGAUGAAACUGACUACAGGAUGUCUUCAGGGGAUCAGGAUAAUGGUGACUCCACACUCCCCUUAGCUAAAAGUCGUAGAGUGGAGUCGUGUGAUGAGGCUGAGGACUUGAGCUCACCCAGCAGGGCCAGAGCUUUCCUCCUGGAGCUGCCGCAGCAGACCACUACCAGCCCAGACACCUCUACUACACCUACCCAGUUUUUCCUCACCAAGUCUGGGGAGGCCUGGGGAGACACCCCCCUGGAGAACCAGGGCAGGAAUUCUGACUCUGAGCCAGCAAUCCAGGUGAAGGUGGAAGAGGACCUGAGGGAGAGCAGCUUGGUGGAGCCUGAGGGAGACUGCUCUGUAAGGACAAAGCAGGCGAAAGUGGAAGAGGGAGAAACUGUAAAGAUGGAUAGGGAAGAAGAGAAGAUUGACGAGGUUGAAACCGUUAUCAUUGAGGAUGGUGUACAAACUCAAUCAGAGAAAGAUGAGAUAGAGGGGAGGAAACUAGAGAUGAUAGAAAAACAGUGUAAUACCAUAAAGAUGGGCGGCGGCAUAUCAGAGAUUAUGAAGGGGACUGAGGAUUCCUUAGCCCACUCUGCCAGUGACUCUGGGGGCCAGCAGGUGCCAAUGGAUGAUGAGGAGAUGGAAUGUGAUGUUGAGGCAUCUAUCAAAGGGCUGCCCAGUCCUAUCCUACCCCCAACCCAGGCCCAGCCAAGCUGCCUGAACACCUGCACACAACCUCAACUGCACAUAACAUACUCAUGACCAACACCAACAAUCACUACACCACUCUACCUUAUGGGAGGAUACUCUCAAACACACAAUCAAAGAUGAAUCCUAUAAACUCUGUAACGACUCACACACAGACUUUGAAACACUGCCAUUGCCUUUAGAUGACACCAUUAUAUUGUUCUAUAUAGUACUAUGCAUCAUACAACUUUCGUGCUUCCAACUUUAUUACACAAAAAUUAGAGUGCAGAGGUUUUUACAACAAUCCACCAAUUUCCUGAAAAGGAUUGGAUAAAAUAUGUGCCUUAAAGCUGUUGUGCUCUGAUUUCUAGUCAUUCACACAGUACAACAGCCAGGGGUGUAUUCAUUGCCAAAUGGGACGAAAUGGGAAGGGACCCAUCUGAAUUUGUACAAUAGAAACUAGUUGUCAUUGCAAACCAUUUUUCCAUUGUGAAAUGCUUUGCUACAAUGUGCUCUAAUGAAUUACACCCCAUGAAACAGUGUUUGAGUCCUAUAUGUACUUCCUGUUUGCAAGUCUUUAACACUGACAGGAUUUGCACACCUACUGUACUUGUUCCUUUUUUUUCUUUUAUGAGGCAGUCAUUUUAUGAAUAUUUCCUCUGAUGCCAAUUUUGAUGUAUUUUAAUGUUUGUCUAGUUUAGAGAAACAAUGCUGACACCACUUGAUGUUUUUAGUCCUUGGUGCCUUGAUCAGAGUUUGACCCCAGUAAGUCUGUCAGACAGUUGGUAUGUUGUGUAUGGAUCUGGGGUGUACUCUGAUCUGAUUUAGAGUAGCAGGGGAAUUCUAUUGACUACAAGAACCAAAGGCCUUUCAUAACUCGUUCAAUAGAGAGAGUACAAGUUUUCAGUAGUGCUUUAUAGAUUUUUCUAAAUUAUUUUAAAGAUAUAUCCCUGUUUGAUAUAUCUGGAUCAAAAAUUGGAGCUAUUUGUGGUUCAUCCUGUUAGUGUUGAGUGUCUAUCCUCAUUGCAGCCUGAUGUAUUUCUUUAUGUAUAAAAUGGGCAGCGUACCUUUGGUGAAAGGGCCACAUUGGGUGAGUGGGCAAAAUGUUCUAGUUGAGCUACACAUAAUUUUGGUGUGAUGAGUUCCUCAUCGAGUUGAAUAGGGUUUAGGUAUUUAGUUAAAUUAUUGUUUGUGUAGCUUUUUGAUGUUAUUUUGAUCAUUUAGAGUUUAAGAUCAAAUGUUUACAUUCAAUAAUGCAACUAAUAAUAUUAAGUUGGUUUUGUAUCUUUAGUGCUUUGCAGAUGGUCAGACUGGUACUGUGUUAGAGUUGGUUCACACUAUACCUACUUCUGGAAUGUGAACAAGAGUCUAUCUUCAUUCAACUAUGGUGGACUUAAAGAGAAUCUCUGCUACUUUUUUAUACUUUUAAGCCAGUAGUUCUGAAAGUAGCACUUAUGAGCCAAAAGUAGUCCCGGAAGAUUGCGUACUACGUUACAUUUGCAGAUAUGUGCGACACUUCAUUGCUCACACUCACUCUCUCUCUAUUAAUCUCACUCACUGAGCUGUUGGGCCCACCCUGCAACCUCAUUUGAGAACACUGGGCAGGCCUAUUCCUAGCUGUCACAUUGCUAACGGGCUAGCCCACUAGAAAUGUUGUGGCUAAUUGAGGUAAAACUGUAAUUCUGCUCAUAAAUUAUGCAUGUAUGAACUACACAUUGACACAUCCAUCCCAAAGCGGGAGGAUUACAAAAUAAUUUCUUAGUUGCCAAAGUACCAGAGAAUGUCUUUAAACUAUUGUUAGAAAAAAAAAAGAUAGCAUAUGGAAUUGAUUUCCAGUUGACUCCGAUCUACUGUCUCUUAUACCCCCCCCCCCCCCCCCUUUAUUACUUGAACAACUGCUACAGAGUUAAUGUCAUGUAGUUAUAUCUCUAUUUAAACCUGUGUAUCAUUUGAGCUCAUCUUGCUCAUGGCAGACAUCUGUCUCUGGUAUUCCUUUAAUUGCAUGUGAGAGUAAGACCAGUGCACAUCUUGACUCCUGCACACUGACAAUUGAUAAAAUGGUAAUUUCAACCAUUUUUGUUUUAACACUGUAUAUUUAUAUUAAAGGUGUAUCUGUUAACAGGUGGGGGUUGCAGAUUUGUGUAUGAGUGUAUAUGUAUUUUAGGGGUGUUUUUUACAUUUCAGACACCGAUUAAGUCUAAUCCUGUACUAAAAUCUGUUUCUUGGAGAUUUUCCAUUGAUCUUGUGUUUUAGUCCAGGACUAGGUUUAAUCUAUCUGGGAACCACCCCUACUGUAUGAAAAUGUGUCAGUCUCUUUCACGAGGCAUGAUGUAUAGAGACCUGCAGUUUCCUAAAAUGACUACUAGAUGGAGACAACACCAGCACUGUCCUAUGACAGGCCUGGCGAGGCAUUCUACAGCCCUAAAGAGGAGGAAGGAUACUCUACUAGAUGGAGACAACACCAGCACUGUCCUAUGACAGGCCUGGCGAGGCAUUCUACAGCCCUAAAGAGGAGGAAGGAUACUCUACUAGAUGGAGACAACACCAGCACUGUCCUAUGACAGGCCUGGCGAGGCAUUCUACAGCCCUAAAGAGGAGGAAGGAUACUCUACUAGAUGGAGACAACACCAGCACUGUCCUAUGACAGGCCUGGCGAGGCAUUCUACAGCCCUAAAGAGGAGGAAGGAUACUCUACUAGAUGGAGACAACACCAGCACUGUCCUAUGACAGGCCUGGCGAGGCAUUCUACAGCCCUAAAGGGGAGGAAGGAUACUCUACUAGAUGGAGACAACACCAGCACUGUCCUAUGACAGGCCUGGCGAGGCAUUCUACAGCCCUAAAGGGGAGGAAGGAUACUCUACUAGAUGGAGACAACACCAGCACUGUCCUAUGACAGGCCUGGCGAGGCAUUCUACAGCCCUAAAGAGGAGGAAGGAUACUCUACGCUAGCCAACACCAGCACUGUCCUAUGACAGGCCUGGCGAGGCAUUCUACAGCCCUAAAGGGGAGGAAGGAUACUCUACGCUAGCCUACAGAAGAAGUAAGUGCUGAGUUUGCUUCAGAGCUAAACAGAUCAGUGCAGAUACAUUCCAUCAUUUAACAGCCCAGAGAUCUUGAAUAGAUAUGAGCUUCGGUGGGCCAUGCACUUGGGCAUGUGUCAAAAUGCCGACCUUCAGCUAUAAUUUGACAAAGUGUAAUGGUAACUGCUAGGCCUACAUGUGUCAGGAAUCAUAAACCAUUUACUGAGACCUUCCAGAAAAAUGGAUGUGUGUUUGGGGGACAAGCCAAUCUUAUUAAACAUAUCAAAUGUGCUUUCAGUAGCCUAGUCUUGCUUUAUUGUAUUGUUCAUCCACCCCUGUGAAUUAAACAAAAGAGGAAAUGAACACAUUCCAGAAGCCACCAGAACAUUGCUUUGUUGUGCUAGUUGCCGCUCAGUGAAGAGGUAACUGGGGUUCAGGUCAGGGCAGAGAUGUGUUAUUGUCUGUUUAGCCAUGUCAUGGACUGGGGUUACACUUUGUCUUUCUUUCUGUGACCGGGAUUGCAUGCAGAGAGCCUGGUUGACCUGCAUUUUUGGACAUGUUUUUGUAGAGUACUGAAAUUCCUGUCAUUCAGCUGCUAUCAGUGGUCUGAUUCUGUUUUCCAACUUAAAAAGCUCUCCAUGGGUCCAGGCUUCACUGGUCUGGUAUGUGGAUAGUACUUUUUUUCUUUUCUGCACAACAAGAAUUUAACCCUUUGGGAGUCAUAAAUCUUUUUUCUGUAAGUCUGGCCGCCUUGUCUCGGAGUGAGACACUCAAACAGCACGUAUUUCCUCCACACUUGACCAUGGUUGUAUUGACUAAAGUAAACACUAAAUGCUUUUCGCGUUAAGAGGUAGUGUGAGAUUUACAUGUUAACUCUUGCACCUUGAACCCACUUAAGAUCAGAGAACCUUGCCUCCCUCUAAAAAGAGUGUUUCAAAUGAACUCACAAAACGGUAGCCUUUUAUCCUCUCCUUUUGAUGUUAGUCUUUGUUCAUUAUGUGGAAAAUAAAGCACAGAAGAAUGAAUGUC